AUGUUUCCCUCCACCAGCCGACCUCUAAAACCUCUAAAAAGAUUUAUUAGAAAGUUACUCCAGGGCGGUAAAAGGGAAAUGAGCAUGAUACUUAGUUUGCUGGACCAUGGUAGAGCUCAGUUGUUGGUUAUUGCCAACGUUCUGGUUCUAGUUGCGGCUUUGUUGGUCCUGAGCCUGCAACGAUGUGUUUACGGGCGACUACCUUGUGAUGAGGUAGAGAAUAUCUUCAAAAAGUACAUCGUCAAGACCACAGAAACAUUGUUGGUCACGUAUUUGAUCGGAGAAAGGCUGGAUAUUGACUACAUAUUGUGUUUCGUCGCCCUGUCGGCAGCAAGAGUUUGGGCCUGGAUGACAGAGGGUAGAGUGAAAUUUGUCGAACGGCAACCACUGACCGCCUGGAAGUUGCGAGCUCAAUUCUGCAUUUCACUCCCGUUGACCGACAUCUUUAAUAUCAUAAUGUUUGCCUACGAAGCGAGUGUUCAGGCCACGGGACGACAAACUAUGCCAAUGUUCGUUUUCGAAUCUGCAGACUUGGUCCUCCUUUCUUCAUCAAUGACAGCCCGUUACCUGCUGUGUAUCGCAGAGGCAGUCCGACGGUCAAGUUCGACGGGCACAGGAAUAUUAGCUCACCACCCGUCCGACGGAGACCGAGACGCCUUGAAUGCCAUGUCCGAAGAAGAUAGUGGAAACACGCGUUGGUUGUUCUACGUGGAAUUAUGCACAGGUAAGGACAUUUAUGGGACAUCUUUCUGA